GCCACAAAUCAUGAUUAUAUGAUACAUCGUGAUAUAUAUGUGAAAAUGAGAGUUUGUAUCUUCCAUGAUUUGGUUUAGAUAUGGGUCAGCAUACGACUUACUAUCAUAGCGAAGCCCCUGUACAGGACCACCAAGAAAUUCCAAUCACAUUUGCCCCCUUGAUAUCUCAUUUCUGUAAUGAGCAAUGAUGUUUUUGACCAUCUACCAUCUUAUGUUUCCAACCACAUCCUUGACCACAAAGUGAAGCAGAAGGCAGAGCGAGAGAGCGAGAGAGUGAGAGAAAAUGUCCAGGGCUAUAAAAUGAGCAUGAAAAGGGGAAACCCUGUGGGAGAGAUCAUGUCUACUGUUCACGUUUUCUCAGUCCCUCAGUCACAUUUCACACUACAGCACACACUAAGUCACGAAGAUGACUGGCUCGAAUCACCCCAGGUUCCGGCUCCUGAUUGGCUGGUGUUGCCUAAUGUCCGCAGCUAUUUUGAUAAUGACAGCAUUUCUCGCCAUAACAAAGAAAGAGCUCAAUACAUGCUCAGAAGCCGUUACUCCUCACAAUGACAAACAGAAGGGUUUCCCGCCUGGUCAGUCUGUCAGCUACAUUCGUCUCAUUUGGGAUGACCAAAAGUCUUGGAUAUGCAGUUCUCCGUGUGAGAACAGCUCCCUCUCUCUGGAGAGCGAUGCUCUUAAAAUUAAAGUUAAUGGCUUGUACUACAUCAAUGCCCAGGUCUCCUUCACUAACACAGACAAAUCCAAAGCAAAUCAAAGCAAGCAAGAGGGGAAGGAGACUGUAACUUUGCUCCGGAAUAAAAGAGAUGGGAAAUCAAAGAAGAAGCUGACUGAGGUCAUACGCUAUGAAGAAGGAUCUGUGUCAAUCAACAGAAUGGUAUAUCUGACGGCGGGAGACAGCAUCAGUCUGAUAAUCCCACAGUCCAUGACACUUUUAAAAAAUGAGUGGGAAACUUACUGGGAAAUCUUCUCCCUUUCAAACCAAUAAUUGUAGUAAAUAGUUUUUCAUAUGAAAUCCUUUAUAUCCUUCUCAGGGGCAUUUUGGAAUUGCGAGGCUUGUAUUUCAAUAUUUGGAAUUUGGUACACCACUUUCAAUCAAAUUAUUUAUCUGAUGGAGUAUGUACGUGUCACUUAGAGUCUGUAUUUAUAUGACAAAAGCAAAUUGCACUGUUGAACGCUCAGAUUCUGCACUUAGUGCUCUAAAGAAGUAACAAAUGA